GUGUAUGCAGAUAUGAAAAGUAACUGUUUCCGGUUAGCUGAGCGGCUAAUGGAGCUAACAGCUGAGCUAACCGCCUAACUUCACUGGCGGUGAGCUGGCCGGGAUCUCUGCCUGUCAGCCAGCAUGGGAGACGACUACGGAGUUAACGGAGACCUGAACGCCAACCGGAACCUCCAGAGCACCGGAGACCCACAGCUGGACCGGGCUCUGCAGCAGUGGUUAACCUGGGACAAGAACCGGUGGACCCGGGCUCAGGUGGACUCUCUGGUUCUGGCGGGCCGCUGGGACGAGCUGCGGCUCAGACUGUGCAGCAGGAUGAGCUUCGGUACGGCCGGACUGAGAGCAGCGAUGGGAGCCGGAUUCAACCGCAUCAACGACCUCACCGUCAUCCAGUCCACACAGGGUCUCCAUGGUUACCUGUGCAGGUGUUUUCCAGAUGUGAGCAGCAGAGGAGUGGUGGUGGGCUUCGACACCAGAGGACAGGAGGAGAGCGGCUGCAGCAGCGAGCGUCUGGCGAAGUUGACGGCGGCCGUGUUGCUGAGCAGAAACGUUCCUGUUCAUCUCUUCUCCUCCUUCGUCCCGACGCCGUACGUGCCGUACGCUGUGAAGAAGCUCGGAGCGGCGGCCGGCGUGAUGAUCACCGCCUCACACAACCCGAAGGAGGACAACGGAUACAAGGUGUACUGGAGCAACGGCGCUCAGAUCUCCUCUCCUCACGAUAAGGAGAUCCUGAGGAGCAUCGAGGAGCAGCUGGAGCCCUGGAGCGCCUCCUGCUGGGAGGAGGAGCUGGUGGAGAGCUGCUCCCUCAGGACUGACCCACUCAUACACAUCAACAACUCCUACAUGGAGGAGAUCACCUCCCUCUGCUUCCACAGGAGUCUGAACAGCAGCUGUCCUCUGAGGUUCGUCCACUCAGCGUUUCACGGAGUCGGACACGCCUUCGUCCAGCAGGCCUUCCAGAUGUUCGGCUUCUCCCCCCCCAUCCCCGUCCCCGAGCAGAGAGACCCCGACCCCAACUUUUCCUCCGUCCGCUGCCCCAACCCUGAGGAGGGGGAGUCCGUCCUGGAGCUUUCUCUCCGUCUGGCAGAGCGGGAAAACGCUCGCGUCGUCCUGGCAACGGAUCCUGACGCCGAUCGAUUGGCUGUAGCCGAGAAGUCUGACGGGUGUGUGUGGAAGGUGUUUACAGGUAACGAGCUGGCGGCUCUGCUGGGUUGGUGGAUGCUGUUUAACUGGAAGCGAUGUCAUCCUGCAGACACUCAGAGCGUCUACAUGUUAGCCACCACCGUCUCCUCCAAGAUCCUGCAGGCCUUCGCUCGCAUCGAGGGCUUCCAGUUCGAGGAAACUCUGCCGGGGUUUAGGAUCGGGAACAGAAUGCACGAACUCGCCAAAACCGGAAACAGCGUCAUCUUCUCCUUCGAGGAGUCGAUCGGCUUCCUGUGUGGUAGUCUGGUUCCAGAUAAAGACGGGGUGAGUGCAGCGGUGGUUGUUGCCGAGUUGGCGUCUUAUCUCCAUGACAACAAUCUGACUCUGAACCAGCAGCUGACCAACAUCUACCAGACCUAUGGUUACCACGUCUCUAAAACGUCGUACGUCAUCUGUAACGACCCGCCGACCAUCCACAACAUCUUCGCUCGCAUCCGGAACUUCGACGGCAGCGGUUCGUACCCGAAGACGUGCGGCGGCGUCCCGAUCGUCCAUGUCAGAGACGUAACCACGGGAUACGACAGCAGCCAACCAGACCUCAGAUCUGUACUUCCUGUGGCGAGGAGCAGUCAGAUGAUCACCUUCACGCUGCAGAACGGCGUCGUGGCAACGCUGAGGGCGAGCGGCACCGAACCCAAAAUCAAAUAUUACACCGAGUUCUGCGCCGCGCCGGGAAAAAGUGAGGUUUCCCAUCUGGAGGCGGAGCUUAGGAAGGUGACCUCCGCCCUGCUGGACGAGUUCCUGGAGCCGGAGAAGAACAACCUGAUUCGCCGCCUGUUCUAGCCCCCCCCCCCCCCCCC